UUCUCAGAGUUUCUACAAAGCUUCAGUGUAAAUCUGUUGGUGGCUCAUAGCUAGAGAUUCUCACAGAAUAUGCAGGGAAAGGUGGGGGGGGGAUUCUUUCAAUUGUUCCUCAAUCACUUGAUUGUUUUUGUGCAGUCGCAAAGAUCUGGAUAGAUAAUAGACAUACACACACACGUACACACACACACACACACAAACACAAACACACACACACACACACACACUUGUCCUUUUAAUGAUGCAUGGUUCGAAACAGUGGCUCUUCAGUGUCACCUGCUUGGUGUUUACAUUUCUUCAGUAUGACGCAGUGCGUGUCACGGUGAGGGAGUCCAGUGUGGAUGUGGUGCAGGGCGACUCCAUCACUUUACCCUGCUCCUUUUUAACCAUGAGCCCCCUGAUACGCCUCAGCAUCAUCUGGACCCUGACUCCUUUUUCUGACCAAGACAAUCCCACACAGGUGAUCGUGUAUGAUCAGGGGCGGGUCAUCGAAAGCCCCGCCUUCACUGCCAGGGUGGAGUUCACUGACAUACCCUGGAACGCUGAUAUCGUCCUGAAUGAAACACGUGCUUCUGAUUCUGGCAUCUACCGUUGCGUGGUGAGCAAUCCACCAGAGACAGGAGACCCGGGAAUCGGAGAACUCAGCCUCAGAGUCCUGGUUCCCCCAUCCCUGCCUGUGUGUAUGUGGGAGGGCGACACUGAUGUGGGUGGCACCGUGACAUUGACAUGCCUUGUAACGGAAGGCGUCCCCACCCCACUAAUGAGCUGGGAGAAGCUGGAGCCAGAUCACAUCACCUUACCCACGAGCCCGGCGGGGGAGUCAAUGGGCUUGGUACAACUUGCAAACAUGUCUGCACAGGACUCUGGUGUGUAUCGCUGCUCCGUGACCAAUGUCCUGGGCACACGGAACUGCUACGUGAAGCUUUCAGUGUACACCCAUACGGAGAAUGCCCCAGGCCUCCUGCAGGGGGUGCUAAUCUCACUCUCCAUGGGCCUGGUGCUGCUGACCCUGUUGGCGCUGGUGCUGUGGCUCCACCGCUCGGCUCAGGAGAGCAUAUGGAGGGACAGACGCGUGGAGGAGUGCUACAACGAGAUCGCAUACACUCCCUCUUUAAUCAAGCGCUCAUUUGUCUGAACCUGGAUUCAAAAGCCGUCCCAGUCCAAAAAUAUCUACGGUACAUUAGAGAUGCAUGAUGUGGGCUCAGUUUGGUCUGUGUAUUAAACUGCAGAAUAAAUACUAUACUUUCUGUAGUGUAGACCGUACUCAUUGGUGCCGUGUGAGUAAGUCAGGGUCACUUUAGUCCAGAUGGUCA